AUGGUCACACUCAGAGCUGAGAUCAACGCCUUGGUGUCCAAGUGGACAUCAGUGACAAGGAGCAUUCCCUGGGUUGGGAUCAGGACCAACAUCUUUGUCAGGGACAUGGACAGUGGGAUCCAGUGCAGCCUCAGGGAGGUGCUGCCCCUGGGUUAUGCCUGCCGGAACAUCUCCGCCUCCGCCGCCCUGCAGGCCAGGACCCACGUGAGCUGUGACAUCAAAGGGGACGUGGCCGUCGUGCGCUUCAACACACCCAAUUCCAAGGUGAACACCCUGUCCCAGCAGCUGAGUGCUGAGUUCACGGAGGUCAUGAACGAGAUCUGGGCCAACGAGGCCGUGAGGAGCGCCGUGCUCAUCUCCUCCAAGCCGGGCUGCUUCAUUGCCGGGGCGGAUCUCAACAUGCUCGAAGCCUGCAAGACCGCUCAGGAAGUGACUCAGCUCUCUCAGGACGGACAGAAGAUGCUGGAAAAAAUCGAGCAUUCUCCAAAGCCUGUCGUUGCUGCCAUCAGUGGCAGCUGCCUGGGAGGAGGCCUGGAGGUCGCCAUCGCCUGUCACUACAGAGUGGCAACAAAGGACAAGAAAACAGUCUUGGCCACUCCUGAGGUGCUGCUGGGCCUGCUGCCCGGAGCAGGGGGCACUCAGAGGCUGCCAAAGAUGGUGGGACUCCCCGCUGCCUUCGACAUGAUGCUGACCGGCAGGAACAUCCGCGCCGACAGAGCCAAGAAGAUGGGGCUGGUGGACCAGGUGGUGGAACCCCUAGGGCCGGGUGUGAAGACUCCGGAGGUGCGGACGAUGGAGUACCUGGAGGAGGUGGCCAUUGGCUUUGCCAGGGGCCUGGCCAACAAGACUGUGUCUGCCAAAAGGUCCAGGGGGCUGAUGCAGAAGCUCACAGACUAUGCCAUGGCCCUGCCCUUCGUCAGGCAGCAGGUUUACAAGACAGUGGAGAGCAAAGUUCAGAAGCAAACCAAAGGGCUCUACCCCGCUCCCCUGAAGAUCAUCGAGGUUGUGAAGACGGGUCUGGAUCAGGGCCGUGACGCCGGAUACCUCCUGGAAUCCCAGCACUUUGGCCAACUUGCACUGACCAAGGAAUCCAAGGCACUGAUGGGGCUCUACCACGGGCAGGUGCACUGCAAGAAGAACAAGUUUGGGGCCCCUCAGCGAGAGGUCAAGACCCUGGCUGUGCUGGGAGCAGGGCUCAUGGGGGCCGGCAUCGCCCAGGUCUCCGUGGAUAAGGGCAUGAAGACCAUUCUGAAGGACACGACACAGAAGGGCCUGGACAGGGGCCAGCAGCAGGUCUACAAGGGGCUCAACAGCAAGGUCAAGAAGAAGAGCCUGACAUCGUUUGAGAGGGACUCCAUCCUCAGCAACCUGCUGGGCCAGCUGGACUACAAGGGCUUUGAGAAGGCAGACAUGGUCAUCGAGGCCGUGUUCGAGGACAUCAACGUCAAGCACAAAGUGCUGAAGGAGGUGGAGGCCGUGAUCCCUCCUCACUGCAUCUUCGCCAGCAACACCUCUGCCCUGCCCAUCAGCCAGAUUGCUGCUGCCAGCAAGAGGCCUGAGAAGGUCAUUGGGAUGCACUACUUCUCCCCAGUGGAUAAGAUGCAGCUGCUGGAAAUCAUCACCACAGACAAAACCUCCCAGGACACGGCGGCUUCCGCCGUUGCUGUCGGCCUCAAACAGGGCAAGGUCGUCAUCGUGGUGAAGGAUGGGCCUGGAUUCUACACCACCAGGUGCCUGGGGCCGAUGCUGUCGGAGGUGGUCCGAGUCCUCCAGGAGGGCAUUGACCCAAAGAAGGUAGAUGCCAUCUCCACAGCCUUCGGGUUCCCGGUGGGAGCUGCCACGCUGAUCGACGAGGUGGGCGUGGACGUGGCCACGCACGUGGCCGAGGACCUGGGCAAGGCCUUCGGGGAGCGCUUCGGGGGAGGCAGCAUCGACCUCUUCAAGCUCAUGGUGCAGAAGGGCUUCUUAGCUCAGGCUGUGGGAGCAGCCCCAAGGGACUUCCUACAAGAGCAGGGAGUGGCAGGACAAGGGGAAGACAGGUCUAGUGGAAGGUGUCCCUGCCCAUGGCAAGGGGUUGGAAUGAGAGGAGCUUUAAGGUCCCUUUCCAGAACCAUCCCACGAUUCUGUGAUUAUCCACGUCCCAGCUUGUGGGGUCAGUCAGCCUCUGCCCAGUGCCAGUGGGCAGCGAGCAGGGCCCUGGCUUACCCUGCCAAGAGACUUGGGGGUCUGUCACCCCCUUGGUGCCUGUCCCUCCCGUGCCAGCGCCGCGUCCCUGUGCCCGCAGGUCCCUUCAGGUUCGCCGACUCCUAUGGAGCCCGGCAGCUGGUGGACAAGCUGCGCAAGUACGAGGCCGUCUACGGCAGCCAGUUCACGCCGUGCCAGCUGCUGCUGGACCACGCCAACAACCCCGGCAAGAAAUUCCACCAGUGAGGGACCCGGUGACGCGCCCACAGCUCCCCGGGGCCGCCCCAGCGCUCCCGACACCCCGUUGUCCAUAGGUUAAUCUCCAAAGCCCCGGGGGAGGAAGGGGAGGAGGGAGGGGGGCACCAGGCUGCCUCAUGGCUUGUAGUCAUUUCAAGUGCCUUAUCAGCCACUUUGUGUUGGGCACCUCCGUCCCGUGCCAGCCUGGGCCAGCCUCUCCGUGCUGGAGAGGGGAUUUCUGCUGCCUUCGCCUCCAUGCUGCGGCCUCCAGAGCUCCCAGUCUGGCCAGUAGCAUCCAGCACGUGGCUGGAGCCGAGGCCUUGCCUUUCCAUAGACAUCUACCAAAAUAAAGCCCCGUCUCCUGGGUUUGGACUCCA